AGCGUCGUGAAGUUAUCCGACUUGUUCAACUUUCUCCGAGGCCUUGAACCGGUUGAACCGAGGCCGCCUGAGGACGGGGAACCGACCGGCAGCGCCCGUAGAGAAACACUUUCAUACACGGACGACACGGCCAUGAGCAGGUCGGUGGUGCAGUCCCUGCUGGCCAAGCGGGAGUUUGAUGAAGUUGAUAUGGCCAAGAGGUUUGCUGAGGAGUACAAGAAGGAGCCCAACAGAGGUUAUGGGAUGGCAGUUGUCAAUGUCUUCAAGAAGCUCCUGAGCCCCAAGUGCAACGAUGUGUUUGAGCCAGCGAGAGCCCAGUUUAACGGGAAAGGCUCCUACGGCAACGGCGGCGCCAUGAGGGUGGCCGGCAUCCCCCUCGUGUAUUCUGACGUCCAGGACGUGAAGAAGUUUGCCAGGCUGAGCGCUGAGGUGACGCACGCCAACUCCCUGGGCUACAACGGGGCCAUCCUGCAGGCCCUGGCCGUGCACCUCGCCCUGCAGGGAGAGCUCAGCAAGGAGACCUUCCUGGAGCAGCUCAUCAGCCACAUGGAAGACGUCGAGGCAGAUGAUAAGUCUCUUACUGACGCCCGAGCGCUGGGGUUUGAGGAUUUACCGUUUUCAAGGCGUCUAAAGAAAAUAAAGGAGUUUUUGGAGCUCAGCAGUGUUCCCAAAGCAGAUGUGUUGUUUGAGUUAGGCAACGGCAUUGCUGCUUUGCGGUCUGUCCCUACUGCAAUCUACUCCUUCCUGCGCUGUAUGGAGGCUGACCCCGACAUUCCUGGUCACUACAACAACCUGCAGAGGACCAUCAUCUACUGUAUCUCUCUGGGUGGAGACACAGACACCAUAGCCACCAUGGCCGGAGCCAUUGCGGGGGCUUAUUACGGGGAGGAGCAGAUACCCCCGAGCUGGGAGCAGAGCUGUGAAGCUUUCCAAGAGACACAGAAGCUGGCCAACAGCUUGUACGAACUCUACUGCCAGCGGCUCUGAGCUCUGAGGGGGAGUGUGUUUUCUAAAGGCGAAGCGAGCGGUCACCUCGGCUGGUCAGGAAUGUGGUGGUGGGCCCGCGCCACGUGCAGACCCCGGCGAGCCUCCGCCCGAGCCGCUGUGAGUUGAGAGCUGGAAGCACGAGCUGCUUUGGCGAGGGGGGACACGGCCUUGGGUGACAGCACAGCUGGGGGGUGGCUGCCCACGGCGCCUCGGACAGUGGGGGCAGCUGGAGCCUACAGGAGCGUUUGCUUGUUCGUGAGACUUCUGCUUCUUGCUUUGACCGCCGUUGUGCCAUCUUGUCAUUACACUUGCAGGGUGGGUGUAUGAAUUCUCUGACUUUCUUGCUGUUUUCCCCUACUCCUGUGUGCCGUGGCCUUUGUUUCAGUUGUUAGGGGCCUGUCCUGCAGCGGCUCUGGGAGGCUCCACACCCUCUCAGAUCACCAGUUCCCACUCAGCUGACUGGGACGGAGACAGGAGUCAUCGGAGAGGCUCAGCCCUGCCGAGCCCAGAGGACGUCCCGCGGGUGGGACGGGUCCUGUGCUGAGCGAGGAUGCUGCAGGGCAGAGGGUCUCUUCCUUCAAGGCAGAACGAAAAGUGCCUGAGGUCAGAGAGGGGGUUUCUUUGCGCGGCCAGUGGCGCUGUCAGAAGCGCCCUUGGCGCGUGCAGACGGAAUCCCAGCCGGCUCGUCAUCGCUGCUGGGAGAGGGUGUGACAAAUUCCUGCUCCCUUGGUGCCCUCCCCUCUGCCGUCCACCUGGCACCGUCCUGACCCGUUGUGCUCUGUGUUCCCUCAUGUGACCGGCUUCACAUUGCUGCAGCUGCUCUAGCUGCUCCUUUGUUCCUAACCCGUGCAUCCUGCAUUUUUAAGGCUGUCCUACGUACAUACAUCCAGAGCACCAAGUGGGAUUGCUGUUUAAAUCUGAGGGGAGAGAUAGCUGUGAAACCUGGUGUUAGACAAGGACUGGAUUCCUGGCUCUGCUGCAGUCAGCGACAAAAAUGACUUCAGCGGGACACAGGAGUUACUUCUCACAGCCUUAAAACUCUGUACUUGGCAAGAAUGAUCUGAAAAUAAAGGGAAAAGUAGGUUAAUUGGGGGAGAAUUUAUCAGCGCUUAAGAGUUUGUGCAUUUGAAGCUGGUACUGGUGGCCAAGAAUAUUCUAGUAAAUGUUCCAGAGUUGUAAGUUUAAAACUUUGGCCCGGUGGAGCUGGUCAAAAAGAGGCUGACAGCUUGGGUAUGGCAUGUCUGGAAAGGGUUGAAAACUUUUUAAUAAUUGAAAACAAAAAGAAAGAGGCAAGCGGUCAUCAUAUGGAAGUGUUUAUGAAUCUGAACGUGACAGUUCUCUCCUACUUCUCUGGUAUCUCUUGUGCCACGGGCAAGUGCCCGUUCCCUCAGGCACACGCGGUGGCUGCGUGUGUGCACGCGUGGAAAAUCUGGCUGCCGGGCCUCCCCCCAGUUUUCCCCGUGGUCUGCAUCCCUCAGGUGCCACUCUUCUGUGUGAUGCUUUAAGGGGGUUUUCUUGUAUAACUGGAUUCUUGUCCUGAGAACACGUGGAAUUUUGCUCUCUUGUAUGUUUGUGUUGUGCUGUGGAUCUCACAUGUACAGUGUCAGGUUUUUCACGUUACUCUGUUAGAGGUGUGAACGUAUUCACAGAAUUAUAUAAAAGAAGAUAUUUUCCUUUUGAAGCAGCUUUAUAAUUUAAAUAUUUGGAACUCGUGAAGAGCAGAAGAGCUCCUGUUUAAAACAUCUGCCUUGUUUUAGGCCAGAAUUUAAAUGUGUACCAAAACAUUUAGCUCUGACUUUCUUGGAAAGAAAUAAAAUCCCUCAGUUCCCUUUGUUAA